AUGGCCGCGCCAGUGGAUGAUAAGGGGAAGGAGAAUGGUUUUCUCGACCAGUGCGCCAUGUAUUUUGUCCGCAGCGACAGGCUCUCAGAGUCCAUGAUCAAGGCGUUGAAAGACACGGUCCAAAAAUAUGAUGCCCAGGUCAUUGAGACGGAGGAUGACGGUUCUAUACCUGUACCCUCCUGUACACAUAUUAUUGCCGAGACCAUCGACUUCCCCCAGUAUGACGAGGCUAUGGCUAUGAUGGUCCCCGUCGUGAGACCGGCUUGGAUCAACGCGUCACUGCGGAGGGGUCGACAGGCCCAGAUCCGUCCAUACUCCCCAGACCCGCGGUUGUUCUUCUCCAAUGUGGUAUUGGCCUGCGACGAACUCCCAGUCACGGACAAGGAGUCCAUCAUUGGUGCGGUCCUGGCUUUGGGCGGCACACAAUCCAAAGAUGUCGGCCGACUGACUACUCACAUCUGCGCCCUGUCGACCGACGGACCCAAGGCGCGCAUGGCAAAGGAGCGCCGCUGGGCCUGCAAGAUCGUUCUGCCACACUGGUUUGAUGACUGCUUCCGCCUUGGAAAGAGAAUCGACGAGGGCCCAUACUUGCUCCCUGAUCCCGAGAUCCUCCGCGCAAAUCCCGACGAUGCCGUUGAGAUACCCGAAAACAGACACCUCGAGGGAGCCACAUCUGCCCGACCCGACCGGCCACCACACAGACCAGCCAACGCCAGACAGAAGCUGACUGUCUUCGAGAACAAGAAGGUUGCGUUGUCUUGGGAUCUCCAACUGAGCGACGGCCUGCGCAGCACCCUUCAAGACCUCAUCACGAACGGUGGAGGAGACGUUGUGGACAGCACACAAGACUGUGAUUGGUUUGUGUGCCAGUACCGUGACGGGCCCGAAUACAUCAGAGCCGCCCAGCAUGGCAAGGAUGUUGGUAGUCUUGCCUGGCUGUACCACGUCAUUUUUAGAAACCAGUGGUCAAACCCUCUGCACCGCCUCUUGCACUACCCCGUGCCUCGAGGCGGCAUGGAUGGGUUCAAGGGCCUACGCAUCACCAUCUCCAACUACGGUGGCGAAGCGCGCACGUACCUGAUGAACCUGCUCAGCGCUGCAGGAGCCGACGUCACAGGAGCCAUGAGACAGGAUAACACACACCUCAUCACCGCACGCAAGGCCGGUGACAAGUGUGAUGCUGCUGGGGACUGGAACAUCCCCAUGGUGAAUCACCUCUGGGUCGAGGAGAGCUACGCCAAGUGCGAAGUGCAAGCACUGACCGACCCUCGGUACUCGCAAUUCCCUCCGCGGACGAAUCUGAGCGAGGUUAUCGGCCAGACCUGGUUUGACGAGUCACGACUCCAUGCCGUGUACUACCCUGGCGGAGAUGACGAUUUGGAUACCGCGGCACGUCGCAAGAGGACGGUCAAGAACAUGGUCCAGAAUAAUGCGCGGAGACAUGGCCCCGGGGCUGGUCUUGUCGUCGGACGACAGAAACAUCCCGAGUUCGACAUUCUGAAGGAUGACGAGGUGGAGUAUGCGGACAAGACAGCUUGUAAAUUCGGCGUCCCGGCACCGCCCAAAGCAAACGCACAACCUGAUUCAACCACGCCUGUUCGCGCGCAACACCUACGCACCGGCAAGGAAAACGACACUUCGUCGGUCUACUCGAGUGGUAGUCGCAGCGCCAAGGCCUCAGCGCUUAGCAAGUUGCAGAAUAUGGCACCUGACAUUGCGUUGUACGAAAAAGAACGAAAAAGGAAGUCGACCGGCAACACGCCUUUUGGCGGCAAGCGAGCGGCGGACCGCAUUGAGCAGGAGCGGGAAAAGGAACGAGAGAAGAAGGCCCAGGAGAAGGGCCGGUCCAAGAGUCCUUCGCACGAGCGCGCCGAUGAAGAAGGAGAAGAUGAGGAUGAUGCGGAAGAACAGCGGCCAGCCAAGCGACAGAAGUCAUCUCUGCCUCCGGUGGACAUGCGCAUCGUUCUGACCGGCUACAAGAGGUGGACUGACAAUGCAAAGAAGGAAGACGCAGAUAGGCGAAAACUGCGGGCCAUGGGCAUCCAGAUUGUGCAAGAGUCGGCACAAUGUGACUACCUGGCCGCACCGCAAUUGCUCCGCACUGUUAAAUUCGUCCGCACGCUGGCCCAAGGGCCAGAGGUAAUCAGCUCCACCUUCAUUGACGACUGCCUCGACCAGGGCGAGCGUCAGCGCGUCGAGCGCUACAAGCUCAAGGACAAGGAAAGGGAGAAGUCGCUCGGCGUCAACUUAGAGAAGUCCAUCAGACGAGCGCGCCAGAACAAAGGCCAGCUAAUGUGGGGCGUCCCAAUAUACUGCACUGCCUCGAUCAAGAGCGGGCCUGAGAGCUACCGGCCCAUUGCCGAAGCCAACGGUGCCAUCUUCAAGACAUACAACGGUCGCACGUCGACCAUCAAGGUCACGCCCCCAGAGGAGGACAGCCAGGGCCCGGAGCCUGUGUACCUGUUGACAACCAACAGCAAGGCGGAGCAGAACUUGUGGCCGAGGUUUGAGAAGAUGGCCAGGGACGGCAACAUGUUGCCAAGGAUCGUGUGCGUGGACUGGCUGCUCUGGGUCGCCAUGAACCAGGAGCUGGCCUUUCAUGAGAAAUAUCUGGCUGAGAACUUCUACAAGGGCAAGCCAUGAGGAUGCUGUCGUGAGGAGCGGCGUGUGCGUGUGUGUGUCCCUUGUGCGUACUACUAUAGUACGUCUUGCGGUCGUAGAGAUCGUCUCGGCGAAGGGCGCCUUUUGGACAACGAAACAGGCGAUCGAUACGCUACUUUGAGAGUGUAUUCCUUCAGCCUUGGAUUAUGCCGUACGUGCAUCUUGUUGCGAUCACAAGGUCCAGAUAAGUACCUAGGUCGGCUAAUGUUUUAGUACCAUAGUUGUGGCAUUGAUUACAAUCGUAAA